AUGACAGGCUCGGGCAAGACGACCUUCAUGCAGAGAAUCAACGCCUACCUCCACGAGAAGAAACAACCACCAUACGUCAUGAACCUCGAUCCCGCCAUCACCCACUCCCCCUUCCAGGCCAACAUCGACAUCCGCGACUCGGUCAACUACAAGAAGGUGAUGGAAGAGUACAAGCUUGGCCCAAACGGAGGCAUCAUGACGUCUCUGAAUCUCUUCGCCACAAAGGUUGACCAAGUCAUGGGGAUUCUCGAGAAGCGCGCCAAGCCCAACCCGGACAACCCUGCCCAAAAGCCCAUUGAUAAGAUCCUCGUCGAUACGCCCGGUCAGAUCGAAGUGUUUGUCUGGUCAGCUUCGGGCACAAUUCUUCUGGAGUCGCUCGCAUCAUCGUUCCCCACCGUCAUCGCCUACGUAAUCGACACCCCGCGCACGAGCUCAACGUCGACCUUUAUGAGCAACAUGCUUUAUGCCUGCAGUAUUCUCUACAAGAUGAAGCUGCCUAUGAUCUUGGUGUUCAACAAGGCCGACGCGAAGGACCCAUCCUUUGCCAAGGAGUGGAUGACGGACUACGAAGCCUUCCAGGCUGCUCUUGCCGAGGAUGAGAACAGCAAUGCCUUUGGUGGUGUAGAGGGAGGGGACGGUGCUGGGAGUGGGUAUAUGGGCGGUCUUAUCAACAGUAUGAGCCUGAUGCUCGAGGAGUUCUACUCUCACCUCAGCGUCGUCGGCGUCAGUUCGCUCCUCGGUACUGGUAUCGAUGAAUUCUUUGAGGCUGUUGCGGAAAAGACAGAGGAGUUCAAGAAGGACUACCAGCCAGAGCUGGACCGGAGGCGCGAGGAGCGGGAGAAGAACAAGGAGAAGCAGCGCGAAAAGCAGCUUGCCAAGAUGAUGACUGACAUGAACAUGGGCGACUCGUCCAUGUCCAAGGCUGUGGCCGAUCUCAAGGCUGGCGACGAGGACGAGAAGGACGCCCCGACUCUGAGCUCUGACGAAGACGAAGACGAAGACGACAUCGACAUUGAUGAGGAUGACCGAGAAGGGCUGCAAGCUAGAUACUCGGCCGCCAUGCAGUCGGACUCUGUUGAGACGGAUGCUAGCUUUGCAAAGUAUAUUUACUCUCAGCGCUAG